AUGUUCCUUGUGGUUCAGGCAUCAAUAUAUAAUGAGCCAUCAAUUCAUGAAUCUUAUAUUUCUUUAGACCUGCGUCUUGUGAAUGGCACCUCACCAGGGCAGGGACGCGUGGAGGUAUACCACGCCGGCGAGUGGGGGACAGUCUGCGACGACCGGUGGAGUCUGGAGAACAUCAACGUAGUCUGCCAGGCUCUGGGAUACCCUGUAGCCAGCGAGGAUAACCUACCGCUCCAAACCAGCUUCGGACACGGCAUGGGGAAUAUUAUCCUUGAUGAUGUGACGUGUUUGGGCAACGAGACGGAUCUCUUUGAGUGCCAGCACGAGCGGUAUUUUGAGACUAACUGCGGGCACAGUGAGGAUAUUAGUGUGACCUGCCUUCCAGUGGUUCGUCUGGUUGGCGGUAGAGCACCUGAAGAGGGCAGGCUUGAGGUGUACCAUGAUGGACAAUGGGGGACGGUCUGCGACGAUGGGUGGGAUAUGAACGAUGCCAACGUCGUGUGUCGCAUGCUUGGUUACGCUGCUGCAGCGGACCCUCUCCUGACCGUCUUCCAGCUGGGCAGUGGGAACAUCUUCCUGGAUGAGGUGAAUUGCCAUGGCAACGAGACGAAUAUCUGGGACUGCGAGAGCGAAGGACUGAUGGUCCAUAACUGUGGGUCCAGCGAGGAUGUAGGGCUGCGAUGCAAGACAGGAGGUGAGGUGCUUGAAAUUGGUACAUAG